UUUUGUAUUUUUUGCAACAUGUGCAUACAUGUGAUAACUUUAUAUAAAAAAAUAAAAUUUCGAGAGAUAAGAUGGAGAAAAGCUAACAAAUUGUGAGAUAGAAAAUUGUAGUUGAGUUAAGGAGUACGAUGGCCGCAACCCUUAUUGUAAUAGUGUAAUUAAAUUCGUUUUUCAUUUUAUAACUUGAAACUGCUGACCGAUUUUUUUACGGUGUGAUUCAUGAAAGUGAUUUCUUAAAAAUUUCUGAAUAAUUUUAUUAGUCAGAACGGAAAACCACUCGAAUAACUGAGGAAUCGUGUGGGGGAUUUCGUCGAUGCGGUUUUAUGGGUCGUCGUAGAGUUGAUAAGUAGUACACACGCUCUUACAUCUCCGUAUUUCGUAGUGAACUUGCCAUCAGCUCGGAUCACGUCUUCAGUCUAGAGAGUCAUCUUAGACAGAUUUUUCACGGAGCUCCGGUGAUACAUACCCAAAGGAUCUACUAUUGAAGCGAAUACAAUAACUGAUUGUUCAAAAUGGCGCCAAAUUUAUUCGGUUCAUCGGCGACAUUAUAUUUGGAGGCAUCACAACAGGAUGUUCAUCAAGAAAAAUCGACGAUAGAAAAAGAAAAUAAUCAGAAAUUAAUCCAAAAGUCAUCGAGUUCCAAAUCGAAAUAUAAAUGGAAAAUCGUUUGGAGAAACGUGAUUGCGUUUAUUUAUUUUCAUUUUGGAGGUCUAUAUGGAUUCUAUCUUUGGGGUAAUGGAAGCACAAAAGCAUAUACAAUUUUAUGGACAAUUUUAGUGACAUUUUGUAUUGCGAUGGGUAUCACAGCUGGUGCCCAUAGAUUAUGGUCACAUAGAGCUUACAAAGCAAAGUGGCCCUUACGUUUCGUGCUGAUGCUUCUUCAAACAACCGCUUUCCAGAAUCAUAUUUACGAAUGGGUGAGAGACCACAGAGUUCAUCAUAAAUUCACAGAUACUGAUGCGGAUCCGCAUAACGCACAACGAGGAUUCUUCUUCUCGCAUAUGGGUUGGUUAUUAGUCCGAAAACAUCCAGAUGUAUUUAAAAAAGGUGCUACUGUUGAUUUGAGCGAUUUGGAAAAAGAUCCUAUUGUUGUUUGGCAAAGAAGAUUGUAUAUCGUAUUAAUGCCACUUUUAUGCUUUGUGGUCCCUGUAUGGAUACCCUAUUACUUCUGGAAUGAAAAAUUUAUUAAUGCUUGGUAUAGCAAUCUAGCAAGAUAUGCCUUUUCCUUGAACGCAACGUGGUUGGUGAACUCUGCUGCUCAUAUGUGGGGCAUGAGACCUUAUGAUAAAAAUAUUGGCCCGACGGAAAAUCUAACUGUAUCUAUACUUGGAUGUGGUGAGGGAUGGCAUAAUUACCAUCAUGUGUUUCCAUGGGAUUAUAAAGCCGGUGAAUUUGGCAACUACAAUACUAACUUUUCCACUGCAUUCAUCGAUCUCUGUGCUCGAUUGGGAUUGGCAUAUGAUAUGAAGACUGUUCCUGUCGAAGUGAUUAAAAAACGAGCCGCUAGAACUGGAGAUGGAUCGAGAUAUGAUAAAAAUGAAGCUAUUUAUCAUCAUAAUCACGAGGAUAUGAAAUGGGGUUGGGGUGAUACAGAUAUGAAGCCCGAGGAAAUCCAGGAAGUCGAUAUUUAUAACAAAGGCGAAUAAUCGAUUGCUUGAUAAAUAGCAGAAAUGAUUGGUCGAUAGUGCAUGCAUAGUCACUAAUUGGAAAACAAUUAAUCAUUCAUUACAUCAAUUAUUGUUUAUUAUAAAAAUUAUUAGCAGUUUGUCGUUAUGUUAUUUCCAUGAAGGGUCGAUUACUAAGUCGAUAAUAUGAUUAAUAUAAUUUUAAUUAUCUAUUAAAACUCAUUAAACUAGGAAAAAUAAACACAAUGAUUUGAUUCGAAUGAUUUACAGUAAGAUGAUUUUUUAUUUUCAUUGAAAUCUUUAUGAAAAAAAGGAAAGACAAAAACAUGAAAAGAAAAAAAUGAAGAAGAGAAAUAAAAAAUUUUUUCUGCUAGUAGUCGACUUUUCAUUCGAAAAUUUAAAUUAAAUUCGUGAUUUUUCGAUACAAUUGUUCGAAAUGUCAUGAUCUUUUCAUUUUUUUCUGGAUUGAUUGAUCCGGAGAAUCGGGUAUUUGGUAAUUAAUUGGUUAAUUUUAUUAACUCUACGUUAUACUGAAUGUGAUGGUGAUGUAUUUAUUUUGAGUAACGUAGAUUUAUCGUAACCAAAGCUAUUAAAGGAACUAUAUAGUAUAAUCAUUGAUCAACUUAUUAUAGGUACACGGAAAAAUAUACGCGCUAAAUAUUGAUUCCUAAUAAUUAAUAAAAUUUAGGAUUUUUCGUGUGAUAUCAUGGGAUCGUAGGAUCGAUAAAAUAUAUUAGAAUCAGGCUAAAUAAAGUUUGACUAUUGGAAGAUUUAGAAAAAGUAAUAUUAUUAAUGAACUUAGCAGAAUAUUUUAUUUGUGUUGUACUUCUAGAAUGAGUAAAAACUUAUCCAAACAAUAGAUACAAUAGGAUAUCCUUUUUCUCCUAUUUUUGAGUUUCAUUAUUAAUAAUAUUUUUUCUUAUUUUUUCAGUAACAUCCUGAUUAGAAUGUUACAUAUAAAAUAUUUUAUGUUAUAUUUUAUAUAUAUAUUGAAUGUAACAUUAAAUAUAAUGAAAAUAAUAUAUUUAUAAUAUUAUUAUUAAUAAUAUUAAUAAUAAUGUAAAAAAUAUGUGUUUUAGUUGAUAUGUUUUUUUCACUAUAUAUAAAUUUCUUGAUUGAUACUUUUUGAUUUCAUAUUUUUGAUAAUUUUAUUUUCUGAAGAAAAAAUUUUAUAUUAUAUUUUUAAAAUGAUAUUUUUAUGUUAAUAUUAUAUAAUAUAUUAAUAUUAUAUAAUAUAUUAUAUAUAAUAUAAUAUAUUAAUAUUAUAUAAUAUUAUAUAAUUUAUAUUUUAUAUUAAUAUAUUAAAAAUCAUAUUUUUAUCUAUAUUAAUUAAAUUUAUUUUAAUUCUAUAUUAUAUUUUUAAAUAAAUAAAUUUUUUAAAGGAAAUUAUCAAAACAUUAAGAGAUAACAUUCUUAUUCAAAAUUAAUGAAAAUAAACUUGUUAAACUUCAUGAUUUUAAUGAUCAUGAUCUCCUUGAUAAAUUUAUUAUGUAACAUUCUAUUUUAUUAUGCAUCAAUUAAAUAGAUAUAAUUCUUGAUUGGAUGAUCAGAUACUUUUCAUUUGUAUAAUAUUAUUAUUAUAAAUAAUAUAUUUAUGAAUAAUUAUGAAUAAUAUAAUAUCUAUAUUAUAAACAUGUGUGUACUUUAUACAUAAUAUGUGUCAUAGAAAAACACAAUUGGUUAUAUAUUAAUUUAUAUCAUAAGAUUCGUAAUUAUUUAAUACAUUAAUAAUCAAUUUAUUUUAUUUCAUUAUUUCGUUACAUUAAUUUCGAAGCGAUAUAAUUUAAUAAAAAUUAUUAUUUAUAAUAAUUAAGUAUUUCUUAAAAACUAUAAGAUUUGUGUAUCUGAACUUAGAAAUACAAUUCUCAAUUAUUUUCUCAAGAAUACUUACUCUCGUAUAUAGAAAUAGAAAAUUAAAUUGCUUUCAUGAGAAUUGAAUAAUAUUAAAAUUCAAAUAAUCUUAAAAAUUUAAAUUUUCCUAAUUAAAAUAUAUAUUGCCAAGUAAUACAUUUAUAUAUUCUUAGAAUUGUAUUUAAUAAUUCUAGAAUGAAUAUAGAAAAUUAUUAAUAAUUAUUCUCAAGGAUCACUUUUAGCAGUGUUCCUAAAAUAAAAUCACGCACAAGAUGUAUUUAAAACGUGACAUUUAAAAAAUAAUGUAAACGCUCUAAAUAAUAUUCUACAUGUAUUUUAUUAAUAAUUUAUAUAAUAUUUUAGAAGUACAAUUUUCAUUCAAUAGUCAAAAAUAAGCUUCCAAAAAAAUUUUAAAUCUUGUCAAGUAUUUCAUCGUAUACAUAUUAUUUUAACACUUGUAAUAACUUGUAUUUAUGAAUUUAUAUGAAUAAAAAGUUAAUCAUUCCACGAUCCUAGAUAUUAAAGCAACAGUUUAAUAAGAACAAUCGAUCUUAUUGUUAGAUAGAAUAAAAUGACUCGGCUUUGAUUCGUUCGUUAGUCUUCCGUGAAAUAUUUAUGAAAAAAUCGAAUCCGAGUCGUUUCAUUAUAUGGCAAGUGUCAAUUAAACGAAAUAUAUAAUAUAUAAUUAUAUAAUUUAUAAUUAUAUAUUAAUCGGCGAUUAUGAAAAAUCAUCAUAAUUGUGAAUUAUCUAAAAUCGUAUAAAGAGAUAUUCGAUAAUCAUUUUUUGAAAAAACGAUGAAUAUUCAUGACCAAUACGAUAAUCUAACAAAUUAAUUUGCCUUGAGAAUCCAUAUUUUAUUAGAAAUUGAUUUGUCGCACAAAUCCAUAAAAUUUGUUUAAUGAAUAUAAAAUGUACAAUAUGUAUGAAUUGAUGAUCUGAAAAAAAAUCGAAGAUUUUUUAGCAGAAUGAAAAUUUAAAAAAAGUUAUAUAUAUAUAUAUAUAUAAAACUUUUAAAUUUAAUUUGGAAUAAAAUAAAAAAAUUUAAUCUAAUUACAAGUAUAAUAUAUUCUAUAUUUAAUUCGAAAUUAUAUAAUAAUAUAAAAAUUUUAAUUUAUAUUUAUAUAAUAAUUUAAAAAUCAGAGAUAUCAUAAGAAUUUAUAAAUAAAAAUUAAAUAAUAACUAAAAUUUGAUUUACAAAGUUGAUUGCAAAUAAAAUAAAUAUAUCUUAAUGAUUGUUUUUUCUGAUUUUAUAUUACAAAUUUUUAUUCUUCGAUUUCAUAUUUAAAAUUAUUUAUAUUAUAUUAUAUUAUAUAUAUUAUAUAUUAUUUAUAUAUUAUAUCAUAUUAUUUUAAUAUUGAUGUUUUGUCUUCGUACAAUAACUUUUAAUCUUUAAGAGAAAUGCGCACAAUUUUUCUUCAUUCAACAAAUAUUAUUUAUUUAUUAUCAAGAAUAUGAAAAUUUUUUGUUUGUUCGCUUUAAUGUAUAAUGUAAACAUUGUUUUAAUAGAAUAAAUAUUAUCAAAGAAAAAAAUAUACAAAAAACAUACAAAUUGUUCUUUCCAAAAUCUGUUACAAUUUAAUUUAUUUUAUAUAAAUUUAAUUUAUUGCAAUGUAAGUCUCGAAUCGUUCUCGAAUAAAUAAAAUAUGGAUUCUUAUGAUAAAGAAUUUAUCUUUUUAUUACAAAAGUAAUACAUGAAUACAUCUAAUACAUUAUUAUUUAAUUGUUAAUUUUGUAAUUUUGUAAUCAUUCCUGGAUAUUCUCCUAAUUAAACUUCCAUUGUAAAACAAAUAUGUAUAUAUUUAUUCGUGUAGAAAAGAAAACUUGUUUAAAGUUCUUAAUUAUUGCAAUAACUUGUAAAAGUAUGGGCAUAUGGGCAAUGCUGAAAAUCAUUUUUUAUAUAUAAAAAACAUAUUUACAGAUAUAUUAUAGAGGGUGAUAUUUAUGCUUGAUUAUUUAAAUAUUAUUUAAAAAAAAAAAAGAAGACAAAAA